ACCUCAGCCAAUCAGAAUCCAGAUCGUCGCCAUUAACGGUAUCUUGUUGUGAAGAGAGAUCGUGGCAUCGCAAGAGCAAACCUUCAGCGAAAGUGUCUUUGGGAAAAAUUUCGAGAUUCUGGGGGAAAUGAAGGCAGGAGCUUAUGAGUAUGAAGAGGAGGGUGAGAAGGGAGGAGCAAACAAGAAGCCAAAUGGACUGCCUAUUUGGGGCAAUGAAAAGUCCAUGAACUUGAACCCCCUUAUCCUAACCAACAUCCAGUCCUCACAGUAUUUCAAAGUGAAUUUGUACCAGCUGAAAACCUACCAUGAGGUGAUUGACGAGAUCUACUACAAUGUGACCCACCUUGAGCCUUGGGAGAAGGGCAGUCGCAAGACCUCAGGCCAAACAGGAAUGUGUGGGGGGGUACGAGGUGUGGGUGCAGGAGGCAUUGUCUCUACAGCCUUUUGCAUUCUCUAUAAGUUGUACACACUUCGACUCACAAGAAAACAGGUGACAGGGUUACUGAAUCACAGCGAUUCUCCAUAUAUUCGUGGUCUUGGGUUUAUGUAUAUAAGAUAUACGCAGCCGCCAGCAGACCUGUGGGACUGGUUUGAACCAUACUUAGAUGAUGAGGAGGAAAUAGAUGUGCGAGCAGGAGGGGGUCAGACCAUCACCAUAGGUCAGGUUGUGCGUCACAUGCUCACCAAGCUAGACUGGUACUCCACCCUAUUCCCAAGAAUCCCUGUGCCCAUCCAGAAGGACUUGGACAACAAGCUGGGAGAGCGUGCUUCAUCCAGACCAGCUCUGUCUGCUGCUGCUCCUGCCAAGACAGAGAGGUAUGCAGGUCGAGGGGAAGCAGAGCCCCCAGCCAAGGAAGGCAGCCGUGUAUAUGAAGGCGAGAAUAGAGAGUAUAAUUCUAGAGAACGAGGUACAGCAAAAGAGAGAGACAGAGACUAUGACAGGGAACGGGAUAGAGAAAGGGACAGAGAUUAUGAGCGAGACCGAGGGAAAGAGAGAGAACACGAGAAAGAGAAAGAGCGAGAUGGUGACAGACGGAAGGAGAGGUCUCAUGAGAAGUCGAGAGAUCACCCUAGGGAGAGGAAUGGCGACUGUGACAGAGGUAGAGACCGGCAUCGGGACAGAGACAGAGACCAUCACGACCGUCACAGAAACCGGGACAAGGACAGGAGGAGAAGCAGAAGCCGCAGCCAUGACAGGAAGCACAGGCACCAUCAUGACAGAUAUGCUGAAGACAGAGGUCACAGAGACUUUGCUGAUCUCCUAGAAAGAGAAAAGCAUCGCAUCAAGAAGGAGAAGAAAACAGAUGGCAGUCGAGAUCACUACCACAGAAGUCGGUCUCGCUCCCGCGACAGAGAUAGAAGGCAUCGGUAUUAAACAUUAGGCAGUCUACCUAGAAGGACUCAGAGGGUAGAGACAAUAAGAUAUGUUUUUGCUAUAAGGGACUCCAUAAGUAGCUCAUGUUGGAAAGUAGUAAUUGUUGAGCAGAAAUAAGGGAAGUUAUGUAUCAGAAAUUUAUUUCAUGAUUUGAUAUUAUUAAUAUUUGUUCUUUCUUCUCUUUUUAUACUCUCUUUAGAGCAUUAAUGAUAUUGUAGCCAGCUUUUCUUAUCUUUUCUUCUUUUUUAAAGAAAGUUUUACAUGUUUUGGGACAUGUACUGCUGUGUAUAUGUAUAUGUAUAUAUAUAUAUUUCAUUUUUAUCCAGAAACCAAGUAGAUUUCUAGGAGAUAUUUUGAAUAGUCUGCAUUUCUAUAUGUACAAAUUAUUUUCAAACUAGUGGAAUAUUAGUGAUGUAAAUGAAGAUUUUCAAUUGUAAAAAUGUAUUUCAGUUUCAUCCUUGAUGAUGAGGAUCUUUAACAUUUUUUGCUAUGAUUUUGAGACUAAAGCAGUGGAUUUUUGUUUAGAAGUAAAGUGUUGAAUUUGGGAUACAGGAUGAUAGUGAUUGAGAAGGCUAGGCUCAUGCACAUAAAUUUAGAAUGAACUCCUCUUGUAUAAUGGGUUUACUUGUCAUAUUUUUAUCACCAGCAUAUGUUAUUAGAGCAGUGGUUGUUAUGAGGAAAGGUUGUGAAUCUUGGCCACUGGAUAAGUAUGAUCCUGAGCUUUAAUACUGAUAAUGAACACUUCAUUUUUGUGAGUGAGUGAGUGAGUGAGUGAGUGAGUGAGUGAGUGAGUGAGUGAGUGAGUGAGUGAGUGAGUGAGUGAGUGAGUGAGUGUGAGUGAGUGAGUGAGUGAGUGAGUGA